AUGGGUAGUCAAAAAAAAACCUCCGCAGCAGGACUGGAGGGAGAAGCCGCUGCGAUGGAGUACUUUGAGAAGCGCAAGCCCUCCUACCUACCCUACUACAUCGCCCGUCACGGACGUUUAGCUCGGCGUCGACUGCUUCACGCUCGUAGCAAAGAGCACGCCCUAAAACACAUUGACAUCCGAAUCGGGUGGUUAGCUCUUUUCUGGCUCUUAGUUUUCAUCAUUGUGAUGACCAUUCUUAUAGCUCUGCUAAGAGACCUGAUUCUCACUUACAUCUCCAACCCUGUGGCAACGCAAAUCCUCUCGGAAAAUGAAAUACUCGUCUUUCCUGAUAUCACUAUCUGUCCAGUUGCGCCGUUUUCCAACUUCUCUAUGCCACAGGAGGAUCUUGCCGAGUUGGAGAAUUUAAAAAGUCAUGUCGUGCAGAAGUUAAAAUAUGCAGGGCUGCAUCCGACUGAUUUGAACGUCCAGGCUGCCAUGCUAAUACAACUGGCAAUUCAUCGACGCUUGUCAGAUCCACGGAGCUACGACCACUUGAUGUACUGUACCUACAACGGGGAGCACUGCUCCUUUGCCAACUUCACUGAAGUCGUGCAUCUGCGCUACCUCAAGUGCUUCACCUUCUCACCAAGAGAGGAAAAACGCAGAGUCACCGUGGGUGCUGGCCUCACAUUUGUCUACGUGGCCGAGCAAAACGGCACCGGUGCCGAACCCUACAUGAUCCUCAAUGAUCUCGAAAGCCAUAUGUUUGACGCCCCAAGCUACGAUGGGAUAAACAUUUUCGUGCAUAAUCCUGGGACCUUCCCAGGCUAUGAGAUUAGUAGUAUGCCAUCCAGCUUUGCAGUUCACUUCGGGCAAAUUGCCAGGGUCCAAGUUACCGGCCUACACUUUGUCUCAACCACUCGCGGCUUCAAGAAGUGCAGCAGAUACCCAAAGCCCUACAGAUACACGAGUUUCGGAGGAUUGACAAAGUAUCUGGAGUACAACUACACAUACGAGGACUGUGUGGCUAAUCGAAAGCAGUCACACAUUCUGGAGACCUGCGGAUGCUACUCAGAUCUUCUACACGUGCCACACAUUCCAGAGCCCGAUGAUGAUCCACGGGCCCGAGGAACUCCGAAGGUGUUGGAUCUUUCUCAUCUGAGGGUCGAUUUCUGCCGCGAUUUGCGAGACCGUACCUCCCAACGAGCGCGUGCCAACUUUGAGUGUCAUGAGAGGUUGAGCAAACUGCCAACCUCCAAUGUUCUUGAUGCCUAUAUCAAUCCAGAUCUGUUAUGGGAGUCGAGAGAUGAUCCAGACAUGAGAAAAAAACUACGACAGGAGGUGUGCCCAGUCAACUGUAACAAGAUGCUUUACCAUACACGCAAAAUUGAGGUGUCCAAUAUCAACGGCAACUUCACAAUGAAGUUGCCGCUAAUCACUAGACACAUGAUGGACCUCAAUCUCUCCACCCUGGACUCCAACACAGCCAUCCAUCAAAAGUGGUCUCAAAUGCUAGGCGAUGCAACGGGCGGACAGACCAACUUUACUGACGGCAAAAAUAUAAUCAUAAUUGACAUUCGACUACGCUCGGCUCGAGUAGACACGUGGAAUGAGGAGGUGACCAGCACCCUCUUCGCCCUAAUGGCCAAUAUCGGUGGCACUCUGGGCCUCUGUGCUGGUAUCUCCUUCCUUUCUGCUCUCUUCCUCCUCAUCUUCUUUGGCAAUGCCUUCUACCACCUUAUAAUGUUGGUGCUGGUGUGGUUCUGGUGGAAUAUCUUUCAGGGCAAACCAAAAGUGGCGGAAGUGGAGGAGCUACGCAUGCUGGAUGUUCGGUCGAAAGUGAUUGAGGAAAAGGAAGAUGAUGUUCGGCCGUUCAGAAGUUCUGGUCACAUGCGCGUGGUGUCGUCGACUAUUCAGGCGAAGGAGAAAAGUGUUAUUUAUGAUCCCUGGGUUGCAGCACAGAUGCAGUAUGGACGUCCAAGGAGUGGUUCUGGGGUGGAUAAUCAUGGCGAUCUUAGUACUAGUCGUGAUGGUGGUUGUGAGGACACGGGUAGCAUUGUUGGUGACAACGUGCAAACCGUCCCUUCCCACACCAAAAAUGCCGAGAACGCCACAUCCAAACUUUCCCCUCCAACACAAGAUGCAGAGGCGGUGGAAGAGAGUCCGACUCAUCACACCAGCAACGCGCGGAUACCUCUCAGUCGUUAUGUUGAGAAUAUGUUAACUCGCUUGCAAAGACAGCCGGAAUCUCAAGUCUGCCCAGCUCGAGGUGAAAGUCAAAUUACUGACGCCCACCCCCAUCAGAAGGGGACUGAUGGUCAGAAGAGAUCAGUAUCACCACCGGAGAUUCACGCUAAUGAAUGUUCAUCAAUGCUAUUACGACAGAGGAAGGGAGAGAACAGUGCAAAUUCGGGGGGUGAAUGCCAUGACCCGGAAAUUCUGAUGAAGGAAGUACAGAGGGCGGUGCCGGCUGAGAUGCAACAUUUCAUUGCUCACUCCAUCAACGCUCCAAAAUAA